AUGGGUGCAUUGGCUCAAGGAGGGGUGGGUUCGAUUAUAAGCAAAUCCCUUUUCGAUCAAAUGUUGAAGCAUCGCAAUGAUGGAAAUUGCCCUGCAAAUGGUUUUUACACUUAUGAAGCUUUCAUAGCUGCUGCUAACUCCUUUGGAGCUUUUGGAACUACAGGCGAUACUGAUACUCGAAAACGAGAAAUUGCUGCCUUCUUGGCUCAAACUUCUCAUGAAACUACAGGCGGAUGGGCUUCUGCUCCUGAUGGUCCAUAUUCAUGGGGAUAUUGUUUUAAGCAAGAACAAGGCAAUCCACCAGAUUAUUGUGUGGCAAGCCAGCAAUGGCCAUGUGCUCCUGGUAAAAAGUACUUCGGUCGAGGGCCCAUCCAGAUUUCCUACAACUACAAUUAUGGUCCAGCGGGAAAAGCCAUAGGGGUUGAUCUGCUAGGCAACCCAGAUGCAGUUGCAAAUGACCCAACUAUUUCAUUCAAAACUGCAUUCUGGUUUUGGAUGACACCACAAACGCCAAAGCCCUCGUGCCACGAUGCAAUCAGUGGGAGAUGGACACCCUCGGCCGCAGACACAGCUGCCGGUCGAGUGCCUGGUUACGGUGUCGUUACCAACAUCAUCAAUGGUGGAGUUGAAUGUGGUAAAGGUUCGAACCCACAAGUGGAAGACAGAAUUGGUUUCUACAAGAGAUACUGUGACUUACUUGGAGUUGGCUAUGGCCCUAAUUUGGAUUGUUACAACCAAAGGCCCUUUGGUUAA